AUGAUAAUGAUAAUUAAUUCUUGUUUAUUCUUCAUUGUUAGCACUGUUGCGGUAAUUCAUCUGGUAAUGGAAAUUAGAACGACUCGUGAAGGUAAUGAUAACUCGUAUAACGCAGAAAUCGAACUUCACUUGCAACUUCUUUUACCGUAUAAUUCACUACCUGCUCAGGCAUCUGCUGUUGAAUAUUUCCGGCGUUUACUAAUUCGUAAUCAUAUCCUACCACCACCUUUUGCAGAUGCACUCAUUAAAAGUCUCAUUCGUUGUUUGCGAGGUGGUCUAGAAGCAUUGGUCGAAUGUGCCGCAGAAACAGAUGGUGAAACUCGAGAUCAGGUUUUCUGGGCUCUUGGUAAUAUCGCGUUGGAUUGUCCUACAUGUCAAGAAAUGGUACAAAACAGUGCUGCAUUACCACUUAUGAUCAAUGUUCUUGUCAGUCCAACGUUUAUCCGUUCAAAAUGGAUACGAAAUCUUAUCUGGGCUUUAUCACAGAUAAUUCGUGGUGGUAUUCGAACACUUGAUAUUACGUUUGUUCGAGCAGCAUUAACUGGUCUUCGUCCAGUGCUGUAUUUAGAAGAUUCUAAAAUAAAAAUGGACGCAAUUUGGACAGUAGCAUAUAUUGCUGAUGAUAAUGUUGGUGGUGGGCAGAUUGAUGCAGUAUUGCAAACGCCAGCUUUGUUGGAGAGACUGAUCGAACUGCUAGCUGAAAAGCGUGCAAUGCCUGCAGCACUGAGAGCACUCGGGAAUUUGGUGGUGGGAGAUGACGCACAAACUCAAGCUGUUCUCAAUGCUGGUUUAUUACCGCGCAUGAUGGAAUUAUUUGGACCUAUGAUGCCAAUUAAUCAAAAACAUGAAAUAAUGUGGAUUCUUAGUAAUAUAGCGGCUGGUUCACAGCGACAAAUUGAUUUACUGUUUGAAACGAAUGAUAUCGUUGAAAUACUUACUGACACAUUCUUUAAUACGAUGAUUAUCGUAUUCGCAAGGCACGAGCAAGGCAACUAUUAA